GUUGUAGCUUCAUCCAAAGUGUAUGUAUUUGAUGUCCAAAAAAUGAAGAAAGAUCUGUUUGGCCAUGGAUUGAAGGAAAUAUUUGAGUCUGAUGGCAUAGAAAAGAUUAUCCAUGGUUGCCGAAAACUCUCAGAUUGCCUUCACCAUCACUACCAAGUUGGCCUCAACAAUGUGUUUGACACAAUGGUGGCUGACGUGAUAAUUUACAUCAACAAGAAGCUGGAAUCUGGUGAUUUCCAAUUUCCACCAUAUGUGCGUGACGUCCAGAGCUGCCUUAGGGCCUUUCUGAACUUGACGGGCGAUCAGCUGAAGUACACACGAUCAAGGCAAAAAAACGAGGAUCAAGCCUGCACCUGGGGACAGCGACCACUCUCCCUGCGCCAGAUUGAUGCGUUGGUGAAGGAUGUUGUGUACCUUGGAGAGCUUGCACAUGUGUGCCUCGAGCAAAUGCUGCAAAAGUUCCGCGCGGGUGUAGAAUUCUUUCUUGGCCUGGAUCGAGACUGCAGUGAAGAGGAACUGCGAUGCUUGCCCCCGGAUCACGUUUUGCCCAUGGGCUUCAGAGAUGCCCUCAAGCUUAGUGCCAUGCGCGCGGCACCAAACAAUACUUGCAGAAGCUAUGAUGAGAGCUGCUACAGAGAACAUGGACAUCUUGCCAGAAGGGAUAAUGACAAACGCAACCACCACCAUUACCGUGACAGCUUGAGACAUGGCCGUGGAUUUUCCUCGAUGAAUAAUGACCGUGUGCACUCCAGGCAGCCGAGAGACUCGUAUCGCCAAGAAGAUUGCAAUCAAAAACAGAAUGACCACUACAAUGUAAAGAAAGGAAAACGCACGGAGGACUCAUUGCUUUACAUGGCAAUGCAGCCACAGACCAACGAAACGUUCACAGAAUUGUCUGAUCCGGCAAUGGACUCGGCUCAAAAGAGCAAUGUGGGUGAAUCCGAAAAGCUAAAUGCCAGUUCCGAGCCUACUGAAUCUACGCAAGAAGAGCCUGCCUCCUUGGCUCUCCAAGAUCACUGCCCUGUAGCCAAUGGAAACAAGGAAGACUCAAAGGCAGAUAGAGAGGCUACGGACGAGCCACAUCCGGACACCAGUUUCUGCAGCUUCGAGCGUAAUGGCGUGGAUGCUUUUCGGAAGAUGCUGCCCCAGCACUUUAAUGGCAACGGGCCUCCAUGCAACAUUCCUUCUGGCAACCAUGAUAGCGGGCACCAAGUUGAAGCUCUAACAGCUAAGCAUACUAGUGAUAACACCGUGCUAGCUUUGCCGGAGACACUAGUGGAGCAUUGUUAUGGAAGCGGCCACAGAUUUGACACCAUGCAGCAUAAGUCGUUGGUCCAAGUGAGCAGCCAGUCUUCAUCACCUCCUCAUGUGGAACGCCAGGAGGGUGUGCUCACUGAAAGCAAGCCAGUUCCCGGGUGGAACCACAAUUGCAGCCCCAAUACGGAACCUGCUGUUGAUAAGAAAAGAGCACCGAAGUCCCCAAGUUCAUGGGCAAAUCGGCCAGUGAAUGAAAACAAAAAAGGCAUCUCUUUUAGGCCGGUAGAUAUGAAAGUCGCGAAGUAUCCUGGUUAAAUUGAGGCCAUCUUUCUAAUGCACUGCACCUACUAGUCUGAAAUUGAUUUUGUAAUCAACUGCAUUGUUCUUUGUUUUACUACCAUUGAGCCACAACAAUGAUUGUGUUAAUUUUACAACUCUGAUGAACAGUACUUUUACGGUAUUAAUUUUUUUUGCCUUGAGAAAUCGUCCAUCCUGAAAUAUUUUUAUGUCAUUGUACUGUGGCCUCAUUCACCUAAUUUAAUAGUAUAAUCAUGUCCAUUUGUAAUGACAUUCAUCAUCAUGCAUUAUGUCUGUAUAGGAGUGGUCACACAGAAUAAUAUACUGAAUGAAAAUAAAACAUAUUAGAAGAAU